AAAUCCUUGUCAUAAAAUGAAGUAUACACACACUUGCAAAGAACAUCCAGCAGAGGGAGAGGAAGGACCAGCAGAGAGCCGGGAGAGUGAUCCUCAACAUCCCGACUGGAAGCUUCGCUCUCAGCCGAGAGGACCUGCCUGCUGCCCGGGUCUUCACUGACCAGCAGACACCUCUCUCUCUGCAGCAUUUCUGGGAGGUGAAGUGGAGACAGGCUAAUGUGCAUUUACCCAGACCUGUGGGAAUAAGGACGGGAGGACCGAGCGAUGUCUUCGCCGGGUUACACCGUCAACUACAGCCGGAAUUCGACGCUGAACGGCGGAUCGGCACCUUCCCAUCAGAACGGUCCAGCACAGACUUACCAAUCCAUGCAUCCUCCUGCAGGCUGCUAUGGAGCCCCACCUCAACAACAGAGCUACCCCACCAUCCCUGCCCAGUCCACCCCUCCCAACAAAGCCCCCCUCAUGAACAGUGCCCACAGUGCUAACUACUACCAGAGCAACCAUCAGCAGCAACAGCAGCACCUCUCUCAGCAGCAUGUAGCACCCUCCUCAUACAGUGCUCCCCUGAACUCUGCGCCUCCUUCUCAGCCAUAUCCACCUUCAGCACCGCCGCCAUCAAAUGCCCACUACAACCAACAAUCAUUCCAGCAGCAGCAGCAGCAGCAGCAGCAGCAUCCUCCAUAUGCCACUCCAGGAUCCUACUAUACACAGCAGGCAUACCAUGCUCCCCCAGCAGCAGCACAGCCCUUUCAGCAGCAGCAGCACCCCAGUUUGGUGCCUGCACCGCCUGGCGCCCCUGGAGCUCCCCUCUACCCAAUUGUUUCCUAUCCGUCUGCGCCUGGAAUUAGCCAGUACGGCACCCUGAGUUCCUCCCAGAGCACCUCCAGCCUUGGAGUCAUGCCGACCCACAUGGGUGCACCGCUGCAUCAGUACAACAGCCCUCCGCCGGCCACAACAACAGCAGUGCAGUCUGGGUACAGCGUGGCUCCUCUUAAUCAGCAGGGGCCGACAGUCAAUGGUCAAGGAAGCACAGUGCACCAACACUAUGACCAGAGCCACCAGGCGUCUCUGAGCUACGACACGUACAGCGGGGUCGUUCACAGCGGCGCUGACCCUCGGCCCUCAGGAACUCAACCGACUUCAGUGCAUUCCUCACCAGGCCACCACCAAGGCGUGCAGUAUGGAUAUGUUGCUAAUAGUGGAGCUAGCUCUGCCUCUGCCACCACCUCAGGCCCCGCCGCUGCCCCCUCUUCAUCCAGCUCUGAGGAUGAUGAUGAUGAGGAGGAGGAGGAGGAGGAGGAGGAUGAGGAAGCAGGUGGAGACACUUCCUCCUCCAGUACAGGCAGUGCCUCUCCGGUGCCCAACAGCUAUGAUUCCCUGGAAGGUGGCAGCUAUCCAGAUUCCAUGCCGCCCUCCAACGAUAUGACCAAUCAGGUUGCGCCCUACGAUCACUAUGGUUACCAAAACAUGCAGCCGGCCUAUCAGCAGGGGCCAGCCCCCGCCACUGACUCCGCCCCCUCUCUUGACCCGUACGGACAGCCAGAAUACCAGCAGUACUCCCAGCCGUUCCCUAACAUGACCCAGCUGUCAGCGGCUCUCGGGGGGCUCAGCGGGGUCCCGGAGCUGGAGCUGGAGGCCCUGAGUCCUGUGAACCUGAUGCAGGAGACCAGCCUGCUGCCCCCCCGACCCCUCGAGGCCCCCGAGCCCAACCUCAGCGCCGACCUCAAGAAGGUCAACUGUAACCCACAUACGUUCAGGAGCACCCUGUCCAGCAUCCCUCAGACUCAGGCUCUGCUCAACAAGGCGCGCCUCCCUCUGGGUCUCCUGCUGCACCCCUUCAGAGACCUGCAGCAGUUACCGGUGAUCACGUCCAACACCAUCGUGCGCUGCCGCUCCUGUCGGACCUACAUCAACCCGUUCGUCACCUUCCUGGAUCAGCGCCGGUGGAAGUGCAACCUGUGCUACCGGGUCAACGAUGUUCCAGAUGAGUUCAUGUAUAACCCGGUCACCAGGUCGUAUGGAGAGCCUCAUAAGAGACCAGAAGUCCAGAACGCCACGGUGGAGUUCAUCGCCUCCUCGGACUACAUGCUGCGGCCUCCUCAGCCGGCAGCCUACCUGUUCGUCCUCGAUGUUUCUCACAACGCCGUGGAGUCGGGAUACCUGAAGUACUUCUGUGAAUCUCUUCUGGACAACAUGGAUAAGUUACCAGGAGACACGCGCACCAGGGUGGGCUUCCUCUCCUUCGACAGCACCAUCCACUUCUACAACCUGCAGGAGGGUCUGUCCAUGCCGCAGAUGCUGGUGGUUUCAGACAUCGAUGACAUCUUCAUCCCGUCUCAUGACAGUCUGAUGGUGAACAUGAAGGAGAGCAAGGAGCUGGUGAAGGACUUGCUGACGUCUCUCCCCGGGAUGUUCAGUCAGAGUAAAGAGACCCACAGCGCUCUCGGCCCGGCGCUACAGGCUGCCUUCAAGCUGAUGUCGCCCACCGGGGGCCGCAUCACGGUGUUUCAGACGCAGCUGCCCACGCUGGGGGCCGGAGCGCUGCUGUCCAGAGAGGACCCCAACCAGCGCUCCAGCAGCAAGGGCGUCCAGCACCUCGGCCCGGCCACAGACUUCUAUAAGAAGUUCGCUCUGGACUGCUCGGGUCAGCAGAUCGGAGUGGAUCUGUUCCUGCUCAGCUCCCAGUACGCUGACCUCGCCUCGCUGGCCUGUAUGUCCAAGUAUUCUGCGGGCAGCAUCUUCUACUACCCCUCGUUCCAUCACAUCCAGAACCCGCCUCAGCUGGAGAAGUUCCAGAGAGAUCUGGAGCGGUACCUGAGCAGGAAGAUCGGCUUCGAGGCCGUCAUGAGGAUACGAUGCACCAAAGGUUUAUCGAUCCACACGUUCCACGGUAACUUCUUUGUGCGCUCCACCGACCUUCUGUCUCUCGCUAACGUGAACCCCGACUCUGCCUUCGCGGUCCAGAUGUCCAUCGACGACUCUCUGGCCGACUCGUCUCUGGCCUGCUUCCAGGCGGCUCUGCUCUACACCUCCUGUAAAGGAAAAAGGCGGAUCCGGGUGCACACUCUGUGUCUGCCGGUGGUGAGUCAGCUGAGUGAGGUUUACGCUGGAGCUGAUGUUCAGGCCAUCACCUGCCUGCUGGCCAACAUGGCGAUCGACCGGGCGAUAACGUCCAGCCUGUCGGACGCUCGCGACGCUCUGACCAACGCCGUGGUGGACAUGGUGAGCGCCUACAAGUCCAACGUGUCCAACCUGCAGCAGUCCGGCCUCGUGGUGCCCGCCUCCAUGUGCCUCUUCCCCGUCUACAUCCUCGCGCUGCUCAAACAGAAAGCCUUGCGGACGGGCACGUGCACGCGUCUGGACGAGCGAGUCUUCGCGAUGUGUGAGUUCAAGACGCAGCCGCUGCAGCAGCUGAUGAGGUUGGUGCACCCCGACCUGUACCGCCUGGACAACAUGUCCGACCAGGGGGCACUGCACCUGAACGACUCGGUGGUUCCUCAGCCUCCCCUGCUGCACCUGAGCUCAGAGAGGCUGAGCCGCGACGGGGCCUUCCUCAUGGACUGUGGAAACGUGUUUUAUUUUUGGAUCGGCAAAAACUGCAACGAGAUGUUCAUCAGAGACGUUCUGGGCUGUCCCAACUACGCUGCAAUACCCCAGAACAUGAGUCACAUCCCUGAGCUGGAGACCCCUCUGUCGGAGCGAGUGCGAGCGUUCCUAGACUGGCUGCAAGACAACAGAGCGUUCUGCUCCACCAUCCACGUCCUCAAGGACGAAGCUUCCUCUAAAGCCACCUUCUUCCAGUACCUGGUGGAGGAUAGCUCGGACUCGGAUUCAUCUUUAUCACAAUUCCUGGAGCAAAUUCAGCAGCAAAUGUCCAAGUAGGCUCCCGUGACACCGAGAGAAGCUCUGACCGCUCGAGUCCUCACGUGGAGAGGAUCUGAGGGGCGUCGUAGAGAGAAAACUAGCGUUAGAAAUGGCGGACACCCAUCGCUCAUUCAGACCAGUUUUAGCGAGGCGGGUUACAUCCCGAUCCUCCAAACAUCCGUCGUAUCAAACACAUCCGGGACCGAUUUCAGACCGAGAUCUAGACCCUCAGAGGGGGAGGAGGGAGAUAGUUGUAGGAAAGAAAUUAAAUCAAAGAAUAACGGGGGUUUAUUCCACUCCAUAUUAAGAGUUAUUGAAACCCCCGUUAGCCUCUCGCUAACCCUUCGAGAACAGAAGGGGAACCGAGCCAAGAAGACGCCGCUUCAUUCUGUCUUUAGUUGUUUUUCGUGAACCUCACAUGUAGCUAGUGUUGUCUUUCUUUGUUGUUAUUAUUUUAUAAUUUAUUCCCCCUCUUCACUCCUAUUUUUUUUUAAUACACUGGAGAAAAGAAACAAGGUUUUUCCGGCAUGAAAGACGAAACGCAUGCCACCGUUUUGUUCGCUGCUAGUCCGAGCGUUAAGAAGUUUAACGGGAAUACGAAGCGACAGUGGUUGGAUGUUGAAACCCCCCCCUACUCUCUGUUGGCCCCCCCCUCCUCCACUGUGUGUGAACUCAUGAUUUAUCAAGAUCAACCCCCCCCCCCCCUCUCUCCACAAACUCCUCCUGAUUUGUUUUAUCAUUUUUCCAGGCGCUAAUGAAGUUGCUAUCCACUUUGUAACUAUUGACGAAGAGUCUUUUAUGUGCGAUAAUUUAUGAACCAGCUUAUUAAAUAAAAAACAAAAACAGA